AUGCUUCUACCGCUGCUAAUAAGUGGUCUGCUUUUUCGAAAUGCAGAUGCCUUUCUUCCGUUUUUCAACGAGGAUGAUUUAAAAUACACAUUUGGAGUUGAUACUCAUGCUGAAGUUCCAAAUCAUGAGGAAAUUGAUCCAGUACCAUAUUAUCAUCAGAAUGGCAGUUUGCAUAAACUGGAAUUUAUGGCAUUCAAUAAAAAAUACAACUUGUCAUUAGAGCCAACUCUCGCAAAGUUGCUCUCUUCUGGUGUCACUGUUGUGAAGAAAAACGAGAAAAAGGGAGGCUCUCUGGAUUUUGGAUCAACACUCGACAGCUGUCAUUACCAUCAUUAUGGAGAAAAAGUGUACGCCGCUAUCAGUAACUGUGAUGGUAGAAUCAAAGGGACGGUCAUUGAUGACGGUGAAAUAAUUGUUGUUCAUCCAUUUCCGGAUCAUCAUGCUCAUCGAUCGAAAAGAGCAACUGAAAAUGGAGCACACGUUGUUUACAAAAGAGAAACCCUUGCUGGAGAGCCAAAAGAUUUUUGCGGGCUUGACAAUGUUGUCACAGAGGAAUCACUCGUUGAAGACGAGAGUGCUAUUUUUGAAGACGUAUUUGUUACCGGACAGCGCCUUACUCAGCAGUCUGAUCUUAUUGUCGAAUUAGCAGUUUUUGUUGAUGAGAAUUUGUGGAGACAUUUCAGCAGCAAACACGGUGGAAUGGCUGAUCGAAAACUUCAAGAUUACACUUUGACUCUUCUCAACAACAUUCAGAUUAUGUACUAUCAGCCAACUGCAAGCCCUCCACUCACUUUCCGUGUCAUCCGAUAUGAAGUGCUUACCAGACAACCGUCGGCGCUAGCUGGAUAUCUUCACAAUCACGGAAACGCUCAAAUGUACUUAGAUCGGUUUUGCAGAUAUCAGAGAAAUUUAGCUGUUCGUGAUUGGGAUCACGCUAUUAUGCUAACUGGUUACGACAUUCAUCGAGGUGCUGGAUCUCGUUCAAUUUCCGGAAUCGCCCGACUUGAUGGAAUGUGUGAUCCGUGGAAUACGUGUACUUUGGCCGAAGGCUUGGACUUCACCUCUGCUUUUAUCGGGACACACGAACUCGGCCAUAGCGUUGGUAUGCGUCACGAUGAACCAUAUUGUCAAUCCAAGCAUAUCAUGUCAUCAUCGCUGGGUCCUGGAAAAGUCACGUGGUCGACUUGUUCGUUGAGAGAUUACCAUCAGUUCCUGCAAAGACUUGAUGGCCGCGGCAAAAACUGUCUUCGUGUGUCAAAUAUGCCGAACAAGUUAGAAAUCUCGUCCAAUGUGAAACCCGGUCAAAUAUAUGAUGCGAAUCUUCAAUGCGAAUUGAUGCAUGGAAACGGAUAUCAGCAGGUCACACCUCGUCAAGACUCGUAUGAUGGAAUUUGCUACAUGAUGUGGUGUGGACAGUCGUCGUUUGGCAGAAUUAUUACCUCGCAUCCAGCAUUGGAAGGUACUUUCUGUGGGCCAAGCAAAUGGUGUCAACUCGGAAGAUGUGUGCCAUGGACCGGAACGAACGAAAUCCAACCAACAGUGCAACAUGUUGCUCCUGUUGUCACAACCCUACCAUCCAGAAUUGACGGAUCAUGGUCUGGAUGGGGAGCAACUAUUUGCUCGCAAUGUACAUGCAAUGGUAUCCUCGGAUCUGUCGGACUUGCUAUUGCCAGAAGAACAUGCUCUGCACCUUACCCAGCUAACGGCGGUAGCGACUGCGUUGGUUCGACUUCUCGAGCAGUUCUUUGUUCUCGACAGUGCGGUCGUGCCAGCAAGUCUGUUGACGAGUACAUUAGCGACAAGUGCAUGGAACAGAAGCGUCUCAAGAACGAUCGUGAACUAACUGGAAAGGGAAGUCAACUCAACCGUUUCCCACAACGAGCCUGUAAAGUGUUUUGCGACGUACAACAGCAUUACGGAAGUCAACGCAAUUAUCGAUUCUUUGGUGAUAAUCUUCCAGAUGGAACAAGUUGUGGAUAUGACAGAUAUUGCUUGGAUGGAGAAUGUUUAGCUCUGAACUGCAAUAAUAAUGCUCUUAUAAGCCGCGAUCAAUCAUGCCCAACAGACACAUGUCCAAUCACUGACCAAUCGUCGUCCGUCUACCGAGGACAAUGGGGUACUUGGAGCCUUUGGACCAGCUGUACUGCUACCUGUGGAGGAGGUUAUAGAAAACGAAACCGUGCAUGCUCCAUCACCGGUCAGUGCGAAGGAAAUGAAGACGAAACCGAAGUCUGCUCUUCCGAAUCAUGCCCGUCUGUUCUUCGUGUCGGAAACGAAUGGAGUACCUGGACCGAAUGGAACCACUGCUCGGUGUCGUGCGGUCGCGGUUCUCAAGCUAGAUACCGCAAGUGUCUCAGUCCGCACCGAACGUUGGCAUUCGAUUGCCCCGAGAAAAAUAUUGAAGUCCGGUCAUGUGACAAUGGUCCCUGUAACGCUAUUGGUGUCUGGGGAACAUGGGGAGGUUGGAGCACUUGCUCAACAUCUUGUGGACCUGGUACUCUCGUCAGACAACGAACUUGCAAUAGAGAGCCAUGUGAUGGGUCAGCUCACGAACGUAGAUCUUGCAACGUAGCAACAUGUCAAAACGAUGGAAUUUGGUCGCUAUGGAAUGAAUGGUCUGACUGCAGCAGAGUUUGCGGAAAAGGACUCAGAAGUAGAAGCAGGUCAUGUUUUGGAAGUGGAUGUAUGGGUGCAAGUUCUGAACAACAAUUCUGCAACGAACAAGCAUGUGCUUCGUCAAGUGCAAACGAUUGGGGUACCUGGUCGGGAUGGUCGCAGUGCUCAGUGAGUUGCGGUGCAGGAGUGAAGAGGAGGACGAGGACGUGUCGCACUGGAAAUUGUCCUGGAAAUUACAAAGAAUCAGCGAUUUGCAACGAUCGAGAUUGUGAAAACAAAAAUGCUGCAUGGGGAGGUAAUAUUUUAUCUUGAUUUCAAAUGUUGAAUUUCAAACAAUUCAGAUAAUGAGAUCACAAUUUAACCUAGUUACUAUUUGCAAUUAACAUACUAAUUUUCAUCGUAAGUUGACAGUCAUAAAUCCUUAUUUGUUCCCUAUUUUCCUUCCCACCUUGUCCAGACAUCCUUAUCUUCAGUUAUUGUAAAUAUGUUGAGAAUCCUUUUUUAAACCAUAUAAUAUCACUGACCAAACGUUUGCAAACGGUGUUUUGAUCUAAGUGUUGUCAGUUUCAAUCACUUCCCGCCACUUUCUUCUUUAUGAGCGGCAGAUUCGUUUCUUUUGCAUCAAAUCAAAAGAAAUGAGAAUUAUGAUGAUCUGAUCCAAAUUGACUUGAUACCCAAACCAUAGCGAACCAUUGACUUGUUCAUUUUCUUGAUUAGUAUCUUCUGUAAAACCGAAAAAGUCGCAAAACCUGCGAAACGACGUACUGUAGAUUUAUAGUCGUUCUGUUAAAAAGACUUCAAUCAUGGUGAGAGAUUGCGGCAGAAACGUGGGACGACCUAACCUAGAAUCUCAUUAUUUUUCGGAAUUCGCGGGAAUAACCUCUGGUGUGGGGGUGGGUCACGUGAAUAUUGAAGGAUCAGGAAGGAUGCAACUUGUAAAUGAUAGAGAAACGGGAACACACCCAAACAAAAAGUGUCCGAUGCGUACAUUGAAACAUAUUUUUAAAAAAUUGUUGGGGUCAGGCAAACUUGAUCAAAUACAAAUUAUACAAAACGCUCAUGGUGUAAUACGUUCCUCCUUAUGUUAUUCCACGAUGUACACAUAAAACCGAAAAAAAACAUAAUAUUUAUUUUUUCAGGAUGGGGAUACUGGUCAUCGUGUAGUGAAACAUGUGGCGACGGUGUUCGUAAACGUGUAAGAAAGUGCUAUGGAAGUGGUAACUGCGACGGUCAACAAUACGAAAAGCAAUACUGUAAUUUGCGUGUUUGCGACUUCCGAAGAAAGUUUUAAAAUCGAAAGGGAAACAAAUUAUACGAUCUUUUCCAAAAGUCUGAUCGAAUAAUUUUAAUAACACGUUUCUUGUCUUCUCCUCUUUAAUGUUGUAUUUAUUGUCUUUUUUCUCACUCUCUCUCACACUCUUUGCUCUUUUCACUGGCUCAACCCAUCUAUCACCUUUCCAUGUAAAUACAACAUCCUUCAUUUGUCGUUGCUCAUUUGCUUUGUCUCCUCUUCCUGAACCUGAUCCCUUUUAGUUAUCUAUGUCACGUUACUUGCAAUCGGUACUUUUCAUCAUUCCUUCCAAUCAUCAUCAUCGUUUUAUUUUUUUUUUGCUGUUUCUUUUCACUUAUUUUUUGUCGAGAUAUAGGUAUUGUUCCCUGAGUGUUCUACUUGUUAGACCAUCACUGGUCGCCUCAUAACUACGGGUUUUGAAAUUUAAUAAAAGUAUUUUCAUCUGAAAAUUU